AUGGAGUUGAUCAAGAAGGCAACAAUGAUGAAGGUAGCUUUCAUGCUUUUCCUCGUAGGCUUCACCGCGACUGUCGAUGCUCACUUCGACAGAACAUCCUUCAUAACUCAAGUUCUGUCCAAAUCCAAUGAUGUUAAAUCAACAACAACAGCAUGCUGUGAUUCCUGCCCUUGCACAAAAUCAAUCCCUCCUCAGUGUCGCUGUACUGAUAUUGGAGAAACAUGUCACUCAGCUUGCAAAAGUUGCUAUUGUACAAAGUCAAUUCCUCCACAGUGUCAUUGCGCUGAUAUCACUGACUUCUGCUAUGAACCAUGUAACUAG